CCUCCCGCGCGCUGCCGGCGGAAGCGGCGCCGCCAUGGAGGAGGACGAGCCGGAGCUGGAGGCCGGGCUGGAGGCGGCGCUGGAGCUGGCGCCCGCCGUGCAGGCCGCCAUCGAGCAGGUAUUUCCCAGCCAAGAUCCACUGGACAGAGCAGAUUUCAAUGCUGUGGAGUAUAUUAAUGCUCUCUUUCCCACUGAGCAAUCUUUGGCAAACAUUGAUGAAGUCGUGAACAAGAUCAGGCUGAAAAUAAGGAGGUUGGAUGACAACAUCAGAACUGUGGUGAGGGGCCAGACCAACGUGGGACAGGAUGGCAGGCAGGCCCUGGAAGAAGCCCAGAAAGCCAUUCAACAGCUCUUUGGUAAAAUUAAGGAUAUUAAAGACAAGGCUGAAAAAUCUGAACAAAUGGUGAAGGAAAUCACCAGGGACAUCAAGCAGCUGGACCAUGCCAAGCGUCACUUGACCACCUCCAUCACCACCCUCAACCACCUGCACAUGCUGGCAGGAGGGGUGGAUUCUCUGGAGGCUAUGACCAGGAGGAGACAAUAUGGGGAGGUUGCCAACCUUCUGCAAGGUGUGGUGAAUGUGUUGGAGCACUUCAACAAAUACAUGGGGAUCCCUCAGAUUCGACAGCUCUCUGAAAGGGUGAAGGCAGCACAGAACGAGUUGGGGCAGCAGAUCCUGGCUGACUUCGAGGAGGCCUUUCCUUCCCAAGGUACAAAGAGGACUGGUGGGCCCAGCAAUGUCCUACGUGAUGCCUGCCUGGUAGCCAACGUCCUGGACCCCAGGAUCAAACAGGAAAUCAUCAAGAAAUUCAUUAAACAACACCUCUCAGAGUAUCUGGUCCUUUUCCAGGAAAAUCAAGAUGUGGCCUGGCUGGACAAGAUUGACCGGCGCUAUGCCUGGAUCAAGAGGCAGCUGGUGGAUUAUGAGGAGAAGUACGGGCGCAUGUUCCCCGCAGAGUGGGCAGAGCUCUCCAAGAUCAUGCGCACCAGGGCCAAGGAGAUUGAGGUGAAAUUGCUUCUGUUUGCAAUUCAGAGAACAACCAACUUUGAGGGGCUCCUGGCCAAACGCUUCUCAGGCUGCACCCUUGCUGAUGGCACAGGGAAGAAACCAGAGGUGCCACCUCCCUCCACCAACCCCUUUCUGGAGGAUGAAACUGGGCCAGAGACAGAUGAGAUUGUGAUGGAGAAAGGUGAUACAGACAAACCAAAGAAGCCAAAGGUCCCUGACAAUCCUUUCCAUGGCAUUGUUUCCAAGUGCUUUGAGCCUCACCUUUAUGUGUACAUUGAGUCCCAGGACAAGAAUCUGGGGGAGCUGAUUGACAGAUUUGUGGCUGACUUCAAGGCUCAGGGUCCCCCCAAGCCCAACGUGGAUGAAGGGGGAGCUGUGCUGCCCAGCUGUGCUGACCUCUUUGUGUACUACAAGAAGUGCAUGGUGCAGUGCUCCCAGCUCAGCACUGGGGAGCCCAUGAUAGCCCUGACCACCAUCUUCCAGAAGUACCUGCGGGAAUACGCCUGGAAAAUCCUCUCUGGAAACCUGCCCAAGACAACCAGCAGCAGUGGUGGGCUCACCAUCACAAGUUUGCUGAAAGAAAAGGAAGGCUCUGAAGUGGCCAAGUUUACUUUAGAAGAGCUCUGCCUCAUUUGCAGCAUCCUGAGCACUGCAGAAUAUUGCCUGGCCACCACCCAGCAGUUGGAAGAGAAGCUCAAAGAAAAAGUGGACACAAGCCUAAUGGAGAGAAUCAACCUGACAGGAGAGAUGGACACUUUCAGCAUUGUGAUCUCCAACAGCAUCCAGCUGUUAGUGCAGGACCUGGAUGCAGCCUGUGACCCUGCCCUGACUGCUAUGAGCAAGAUGCAGUGGCAGAACGUGGAGCAUGUUGGUGACCAGAGUCCUUAUGUCACCUCAGUGAUCCUGCACAUCAAGCAGAAUGUCCCCAUCAUCCGUGACAACCUGGCCUCCACCAGGAAGUAUUUCACUCAGUUCUGCAUAAAAUUUGCAAACUCCUUCAUUCCCAAGUUCAUUAACCAUCUCUUCAAGUGCAAACCUAUCAGCAUGGUGGGUGCAGAACAGCUGCUGCUGGACACUCACUCUCUGAAGAUGGUUCUCCUGGAUCUGCCCUCCAUUGGGUCCCAAGUGGUGAGGAAGGCUCCUGCCAGCUACACAAAGAUAGUGGUGAAAGGCAUGACUCGGGCUGAAAUGAUCCUGAAGGUGGUGAUGGCUCCACACGAGCCCCCAGUUGUGUUUGUGGACAAUUACAUCAAGCUCCUCGCUGACUGCAGCACUGACACAUUCCAGAAAAUCCUCGACAUGAAGGGCCUGAAGAGGAGCGAGCAGAGCAGCAUGCUGGACCUGUUCCGCCUGCGCCUCCCCUCUCCUCCCCCCGGCGGCGACGGCUCUGGCUCGCUCUCGCUGAGCGCUCCCACGCCCGAGCAGGAAUCCUCCCGCAUCCGCAAACUGGAGAAGCUCAUCAAGAAGAGACUCUGAGGGAGCACUGGGAGCUCCCUGCCCCGGGGCUGCUGAGCUGGGCAGGCUGUGAUUUACACCCUGUGCUGUCCCUCCCAGCCCCGUGAUCUCUCAGCCAUCGGCACUUUCAGACCGAGGAGGAAUCUGAGCAAGGUGUUGCCCUCAGCUUAGCAGGAGUGAAACCCAGGGCAUUGCCAGGUCCAUGUGGUGGAGAAAAUAGAGGCACCUGGAAGGCAGCAGUACAGAAAGCAUUCAGGUGGAUUCAGAGGCUGUCUGGCUGUGAUACACUUGGUGUCACAGCUUUUACCCUGGCUGAGCUCCUGCUGCAGCACUGAGGGUUUUGCCUCAGUUCUCACUCCCUGCUGCAGAGCUGUUCCUCUGAUUCAUUAUUUAUUCUGGGGUGGGGGGAACCAACCCCAUCACCACCAUGAAAACCCCAACCCUUUAUCAGCUGGGAUCCAGGCACCUGCAGCUCCACUGGAUCAAUGAGAUGCUCAGGAGGGAGCCCCGGGGCAGAUUUCUCCCCUGCUCCCAGGACAGGCAUGCACAAAGCACCAUGAAACAAAAAGGCAAAUCCUUGGCACCUCUGCUGGCCUGCAGGGAGAGGUGCUGGAAAUGCUGGCUCUGUCAGGGAUCCAGGGUCGCUUGGUGCCACAGGAGGCUUUCAGCAGCCUCAGGCUUCAAGGCCCUCCUCCUCCUCCUGUUCCUCUGAGCCUCAGCUUGCAGCAGUGCAGAGGGGAGGAGAAGCAGCAGUGGAAUAUUUUGGAUAACCCAGCCCCUCUUCCCAUGGGCCAGCUCCUGGCCCCCAGGCACAGAGCCAGCGUGGAGCAGGGCUGGGAUCAGUGGAUGCUUCUCCAAGGAGUCUCCAUGCACCGAGGCCUCACCUUUUUAUUAGCACUGCUGGAUUUCUUCCCAAACUCCUCUGUGCCCUUUCUGGGAGACUUUGAAGGCGUAUCCCCAACCAUGAGUGCAUCCCACUGGGUGUAGGGCAGAUCAGCCAGUCGUGCCUGUGUUAUUUAACUCGAGCUUCACUUGCAUGUGCAGCAAAGGGAAAUCCUUUACCAGUGUGGCAGGUGAGGAACAACCACACUGUCAGAUGCCUUCCUGGGAGGGUUGUGCUCCCCACCAGGGCAAGUUUGGGCCUUAGGACUGUAUUUAUUUAGGGGCUGUACUCACAGGGAUUGUAAAAAUCACUGCUGCACAUCAGGGAGGGCAGAUCAGGCUCCAGGAACAUGAGUUUCAUCCACCCAGAGCUUCACUGGGAUGGGAAGGAAAGAGCAGCAAUGACAACACCUGUGGGAAGGGACAGCAGUUUCUCAUCACUCCAGUUUUAGAAAUCUGCUGUUGUCUCCUGAUUCCCUGUUAGGUGACAGAGGAAGGAAUGGUUGAAAGCACAUUGGGAUUCUGAGCAGCCAUUCCCCAAGGACAGAUUAUCUCAAGGUGCAUGUGCAGGAUGGCUCACGAGGUGCCACACUGCAGAGCUGGAGAGGAGGGAACAUGGAUUUGCAGAGAUUCAUUAUUCCCAUGAGGGGAUGAAUAAUUUAUUUUAGAUGAAUUUUUCUUUGCUUUGUCUAAGGCUAAGUCUCUCACUAAAUUAUGAAUAGCUGAAGACGAUGUUGAAGUUAUCAUAGUGUGUCUUACCCAAAGGCUUCCCCCAUUUCAUUCUCUGCAUUUCAUUCUGUAGAUAAGAGGAAAUAAAAUGAGAAAUGAAUUUUUAGUUUCAGCCUUUGAAGAACGCUACAGGGCUGAGUGUUUGGAGUUCCAUUUUCAGAGAACAAAUCCACAGUUUCCUACUUCUGGUGUAAGAGUUUUGUGCCCCUGGCUAUUGGGUGUUUAUUAGAUUUGGCAGGUCUCUAUUUGUGCAUUAGCUCUUUGGAGUUUACAGCUUUGGGGAAUAAAGGAUGAUUACGUGUUUUCUGUACAAAAUGCCACUUUUUAUGGUUUUAGACUGGGGUGUAAUCCUGGCUGUACGUGGGGUGUGACACUAACGUGAAUUAAAUGGUAACUGAUGCUCA